UUUAAAUAUAGGUUACAACAAAAAUUAAUAAAAAUAAAAAUAAUAAAAGAAGUUAGCUUGGCAUGCUCUAUGUUAGUUGUGUACACAAUUGAUUAUUUUUAUGCGCACUUGUGAGGACUUUGUGAAACUUAAGUAAUAUUAUGGAUAUAAGCUUUGCAAAGCGUUUGUCGUGCUACUUUCAAACAGAGGUACAACCUGAAAAGAAACAAGGGAAAAUGAAAAAAUCAAAAUCUGACCAAAUUUUGCAACGAUCUUUUUCUGGUGUCUCUACCUUGUUACCUGCUCGUUCUACAUCAGCAUCAGAUAGUUUAAGUCCUAAAGAUUGUACUGUUAAAAAGUUAGAUCAAAUAAAAAAAAUACCUAUUUUUGAUCUCGAACAGGAUAAAUUUUUAGAUCAAGUUCUCCGAUUUCAGGGUGGCAGACUUGAUGAACAAAGAACUUCUAUGCCACCAUUACUUUUAAAACAUCAGCAGUUAAACAUGGAAAUUAAAUCACCAACUGUUAGUUGUGAUGAAGAUAAUUCUGUUAAGCAGGUUCUUGAAAGAGGACCACCGUAUCCAAUGGUUUUGCUUCCAGCAAAUGGAGAAUAUUGGAUGGAGGGCAAUAGCCAUGUUUCACUCAGAAAUGCGGAUAAAUAUCCUAUAUUUCCAACGAUAGAUAUGACUAAAUGUAACCUAACUGAAAAUGAUUCUGUCUAUAACUACAGGAAAUGUUUUUUUGGAAAGGAACAUAUAAAUUUUGCUGCCAUUGAUGGAAAACAUGGAGAAGUGUUGCUGUCAGUUGCCUUUGAUAAAGCUGUAAAAAGUGAAGAUGAAGAUCAUUAUAAUGUCAUUUUACGGUUAAAAGAUAAAAGCAUUUGUGAAGUUGUUAAAGCUAGUCAAUUUGAAAAUGAUAUGCCAGGACCAAGAGAUUUUUUAAAGCUUUUAUUGAAUGAUGAUGUUGAUGUUGAACGGUUCCAUCCAAUUGCAUAUCCUCGAGCUAGUGAAGAAACUAUGAAGUUUGAUGAACAUUCAGUAACCAAUUGCUAUAAAAUUGGUGUCAUUUAUCAGAAGUUUGGUCAGGUCAAUGAGAAUGAGUUUUUGCAGAAUCAAGAUGACAGUACAGCUUUUCGAGAGUUUUUAGACAUGAUGGGAACCUGUAUAGAACUUAAGGAUUUUCCUAAAUAUCGCGGUGGUUUAGACACAAAAGCUGGCUUCAGUGGUAACCAUUCUUACUAUACUGAAUAUCAAGACAAAGAAAUUAUGUUUCAUGUUUCAACCCUGCUACCAUUUUGUUCAAGAGACACACAAAAUAUUGGUCGUAAGCGUCACAUUGGCAAUGAUGUUGUUUCCAUUAUAUUUCAAGAUCAAAAUACUCCAUUUAACCCGUCAUCCAUAAGAUCACAUUUUCUUCAUGUUUUCAUUGUUGUGCAAGUUGAGGAGGCAAAUACUGCUUCUACCUAUUAUAAGGUAUCAGUUGUAGCAAAAGGAGGAGUUCCAAAGUUUUCUCCUGUAUUACCUGAUCCUUCUAUAUUUAAAAAAGGACCAGAGUUUCGAGAAUUCCUGCUCACAAAAAUUAUAAACGCAGAAGCAGCUGCUAUUAAAAGUGAAAAUUUCUUAAAGCUUUCAAGGCGUACUAGAACUACACUUUUUCAAAAACUUGUCAGUGAUAUGAUUUCAAAAAAUGAAAAGCUAUUGUCAGAUGAAUUUGCUUCAUCACCUUCUGUUAGUUUUGCUCCUUUGAAAAACUCAGGUUUACUAUCUUCUUUUCGCUCAGCAAUUCGAAAUAGUUCUCGAGCAAGAAGUAUUUCUUCGUCUUCUUCUGGUUCACUAUCAUCAUCAAAGUUAUCAGGAGUAUCUUUAUCUUUAAAUGACAUCAGUUUUAUUAAUUCUUGUGACAAGAAAGAUGGUUUGAUAAAAAAAUUGCAAACAAAGGAAGAUAAAAAAAAAGUGAAAAAGGAGAAAAAUAACCAAUGUCAGCCUCCUACACAUAAGCAAAAUAUAAAUCAUGACUCUACAGAAAAAAGUUACAGCUUCACUCCUCUAUUGCAAACCAAAGAAGACCACACGAAAGAUCAACAAAGCAAGUCAAUUUCUCGUUUUUAUAAAAAUGAGUUAUUUGAUGCUAUUGAUUUAAAUAGCUCUUUAUAUGUUUCAAAUUCACUACCGCAACAUGUAUCAAGUGAUCAUUAUAAUCCAAUGGGUUUAUCUGCUGCGGAUAUUAAAGCUGAAAGUAACAAUAACACUUCUCAUAAUUUGACUGAAAUUGAAAUGUUAAAGGACGAAAUUAAAACGCUGAAAGCUGAAAAACUUGAAUUGUUAAGACAGAAUUAUGCAGAAGAAACAAAAAAGUUAUACCAACAGAAAUACACGGCAAAUGGCGAGUUAAUGUCUUCACAAAUAUAUCCAAAAAAGUUUUCUCUUAAAAGUCCGACAAUUCCUGAAUAUGUUUAGCUUGAAUCUUUAAUAUAUAUUUGAAUGUUUAUAUUGCGUAACAUUAACCCUCGAAUUACGAAUUUCGCCAAACUUCAUAUUCUCUUUCUAGCAACAUAAAACAUGGAACAGGUUUAAACUAAAGGGAAAGAGUUUUGUGUCUUUUUCACGCAAACUAAUAAAUCCAUAUAAAAAAAGUAUUGAAUAUAAAAGGCGUGUAUUUUGUUUAUAAAUAAAAUAAAUUAUAGUUUUUUAAA